AGCUGACUGCAGAGAUUCAUUACAUAAAGCGGCCCUGUUACGCGACAGCCUCCUCAGUCUGCAGGUGACCCUGGAGCUGCAGUGAUCUCUUUUGGGAUCAAAACCCUCGGUCAUUUCCAACCGGCUCACCCCUAUCCAAACCGACCAGCUUCAUUUCAGUCUCGCCGUUCCUUGAAGGCGGAUCUCACGUGUCGUUUCCCAUUUGGUUUAUUUCCCAAUCAUGGCCGCAUCCGGAAAGUUAGCGCUCCUGAGUGUUUCGGACAAGAAGGGUUUAAUAGAACUCGCAAAGGAUUUGCACAAUUUGGGCUUGACACUAGUUGCGUCAGGAGGUACUGCUACUGCAGUCAGGAAUGCUGGUCUGCCUGUUAAAGAUGUAUCCGACAUCACAGGUGCUCCUGAAAUGCUUGGUGGGCGUGUAAAAACAUUGCACCCUGCUGUACAUGCAGGUAUUUUGUCCCGUCUCAGUGACAGUGACAAGGCUGAUAUGUCUAAACAGAAUUAUGAAAUGAUUCGUGUGGUUGUCUGCAAUCUGUACCCAUUUGUGGAUACAGUUUCUAAACCUAAUGUCACCAUUGCCGAUGCUGUUGAGAACAUUGAUAUUGGUGGUGUUACUUUGCUGCGAGCUGCUGCUAAGAACCAUGAUCGUGUCACUGUCAUCUGUGACCCCAGUGACUACGAAAAGGUUGUCAAGGAAAUGAAGAAUUCUUCAGAUAAGGAUACUUCAAAGAACACAAGGCAAACUCUAGCACUGAAGGCGUUCACUCACACAUCAGAAUAUGAUUUAGCGAUCACUGACUACUUCCGCAAGCAAUAUUCCGCUGGAGAGUCUCAAAUGACUCUUCGCUAUGGCAUGAAUCCCCAUCAAAAACCUGCCCAACUUUUCACUACUCUGGCAGAACUGCCUCUUAAAGUUGUAAAUGGGUCUCCUGGUUUCAUCAACCUUUGCGAUGCUUUGAACGGAUGGCAACUUGUGAAGGAACUCAAGACUGCUAUUGGCCUUCCUGCUGCAACAUCCUUUAAACAUGUCAGUCCUGCUGGUGCAGCUGUUGGCAACCCUCUUUCACCCGAGCAAGCUAAGCUUUGCAUGGUUGAAGAUCUUUCAAAUGAACUAACUCCACUUGCUAUUGCCUAUGCUCGCGCACGAGGUGCAGAUCGUAUGUCAUCAUUUGGUGAUUUCAUUGCCUUGUCUGAUGUUUGUGAUGCAGUUACUGCUAGAAUUAUUUCACGAGAGGUAUCUGAUGGAAUUAUCGCACCUGGUUAUUCGCCUGAAGCUCUUGAAAUUUUGAAAAAGAAGAAAAAUGGUGGCUAUUGUGUCCUUUCUAUUGACCCUUCUUAUGAGCCUGCAGCCCUUGAAAGGAGGGUUCUUUUUGGCCUGACCAUGGAGCAGAUGAGGAAUAAUGCUAAGAUUGACGGAGGGCUUUUCAAAAAUGUUGUUUCCAAAAAGAAGGAUCUCCCAGAGUCGGCUGUUAGGGACCUGAUCAUUGCAACCAUCACGCUGAAGUACACUCAGAGUAACUCUGUCUGUUAUGCCCGUGAUGGUCAAGUUAUUGGUAUUGGAGCUGGUCAACAGAGCCGUAUCCAUUGUACCAGACUUGCUGGCGACAAAGCUGACAACUGGUGGCUGCGUCAGCACCCCACUGUCCUGAAAAUGAAUUUCAAGAAGGGAACCAAACGUGCAGAAAUUUCUAAUGCCAUUGAUAAUUUUGUUAAUGGUUCAGUUGGAAAGGAUAUGGAUCGUACCUUGUUUGAAUCUCAGUUUGAGACUGUUCCUGUGGAUCUAACCCAGGAUGAGCGUUCUGCUUGGGCCAGAAAAUUAUCAGGUGUUGCUCUAGCAUCUGAUGCAUUCUUCCCCUUCCGUGACAAUGUAGACAGAGCUAGCCUUAGUGGAGUUUCCUUCAUUGGUAGUCCUUCUGGUUCAAACAACGAUGAAGAGGUUCUUAAAGCAUGUGAUGAACAUGGAAUUAUUCUGUGCCACACAAACCUUCGACUUUUCCAUCACUAAUUUUAUUGCUUCAUGUCAAUUUCUACUUCAUUUUAUUUUUCAUAUAUGUUCAUUUUUUAAAUUUGUAUUAGGCAACUGUAGCACUUAGAAAUGAAUUUUAUGCUGUAAAUUUUCGGUUUUGAAAAUGUACCUGAUUUGUUUGAACCCAUCAUGUUAAAUUGUUCUAUCUAUUAAAGAUUCCUUUUACAUAUUUUCAUCAA